AAGCACGUGCCCACCCCUAAGAUUCGCAACUGAAGCACUCAUAAUAAUGGUGGCAGUGUCAGAGAAAGACACAAAGCGCGGGCUGUCCACCACCAUGAAUAAUGAAGAAGUUCCAAGCCGGAGGUUACUAGGGAAAGUUGCAUUGGUGACCGGUGGAGCCACUGGGAUUGGAGAGAGCAUUGUCCGCCUAUUCCACAAACAUGGUGCAAAAGUUUGCUUAGUUGAUGUCCAGGACAACUUGGGAUUGCAAGUCUGCGAGUCACUUGGCAGCGACGCAAAUGUUUGUUAUUUCCAUUGUGAUGUCACAAAAGAAGCUGAUGUUAGCGGUGCAGUUGAUUUCACAUUCGGUAAGUAUGGCACACUUGAUAUCAUGGUCAACAAUGCUGGGGUGUCAGGUUCACCCUGUCCUGAUAUCCGCAAUGCAGACUUAUCUGAAUUUGAGAAGGUGUUCGAUAUUAAUGUGAAGGGAGUUUUCCACGGAAUGAAACACGCAGCUAGGACGAUGAUCCCCCUGAAAAAGGGUAGUAUCAUUUCUCUUUGCAGUGUUGCAAGCACUACAGGAGGCCUAGGACCGCAUGCAUACACAGGGUCCAAGCACGCUGUGUUGGGGCUGACCAAGAAUGUUGCUGCCGAGCUUGGAAUUCAUGGCAUACGUGUUAACUGUGUCUCUCCUUAUGCAGUGGCGACUAAUUUGGCUUUGGCUCACUUGGCUGAGGAAGAGAGAACCGAAGAUGCCUGGACAGGGUUCCGGGAUUUCGUAGGGAGACAUGCCAAUUUGCAGGGAGUGGAAUUGACAGUUGAUGAUGUUGCAAAUGCUGUGCUUUUCUUAGCAAGUGAUGAGUCCAGGUAUAUAAGUGGGGAUAAUCUCAUGAUUGAUGGUGGACUCACGUGCGUGAAUCACUCGCUUAGAGUCUUCAGAUGAGGAGUAAUCUGAGGUUGGAGCUUGUUGUAUUGCUGCUCUUGGUCAGCUGGGAUUUUCAAGUGGUGUUGGUCUUCAGAUGAGGAGUAAUCCGAGGCUGGAGCUUGUUGUAUUGUUGUUUUUGGUCAGCUUUUCAAGUGGUAUUGGCUAAUCGUAUGUUUGGUAAGGUUGGACAUGAAUCGUGAAUGCUGGAGUAUAUGUCAUACGAACAUCAACUGAUCAAUUUUUGUUCAUCUGUUUAUGAUUGUAAAAUAAAUUGAAUCAUGACGAAAUUGAAACUGAAUUGGAUAUCAUUUAUGGAGCUAAUAAAAUGGUGUGAUUAUAGCUGAA